AUGCCCACCAUUUUUGGCAACCUGCACCAGGCUCUUUUCCGUCAAGGAAUCGCAAAGUCGUUCGGCCACGGAUACGCCCAGUCUCUUGUCGCCGUCACACACCCUCACGCCCUCAAUUCCCAGAACCGACCCUCCUUCGCCCGCAGGCACACUACCCGCUUCGGUCGUCUUCAGGGCACCCACUUCCAGUCCGCCUUCAACACCGAGCGUGCCGCUGCCGGUCUCUCGCUCGACCAUCGACCCCAAAAGGUCAGCACCAAUGGAGGGCUAGACGCAUACUUUGAGCACCUCCAGAACCAGCACGCUGCUGGGGAGGCUGGCGAGGUCGCAGAAGAAGAAUGGACGCAGUUUGAGUUUCAGAAGCAGAUCGAAUGGAAGCCUUCGCCAGCUUCCAUUCUCGUUGGCGAUGCCAGGCAGCUCGCCAGCGAGGAGCAGUUCGAGGCCGAGGCCCAUGCACAGGAUGCAGACGUCCCGUCAGUCCCGCGUGAGGCCGAGGCAGCCCUCGCUCACAUCAAUGCUGCCAUCGAGAAGGAGAUUGAGAUCAGGGAGCGCCAAGAGGCUCUUGAAGAGGCCGUGGCUGAAUCAGUCAGGACCGGGACACCCAUCGAUCCGGCCCUGCUCGAGCGCGCCCUGACGCCUGAAAUCGAGCGCUCCUACACUCCGGCGAGCAUCGCACGCUCGGCGACACCCCCGAUCGACCCUCAGUCCCAAACCUACGCGGACCACCUGACCAAGCUGUCGCAAGAUGGUCGCUGGGCUGAGAUUCCCGCCGUCUUCGAGGCCAUGCUCGUUGCCGGUGUGAGGCCCAUCGCCGGAGCCUACAAUGCGCUGCUCAUGUCGCGCAUCCAGCUGACCACGGAGAAGAACGAAAUCGUCUCCAAGGUUCGCGAGGUCUAUACUCACAUGCUUCAGCAGAAGGCCAUUCCCGAUAGUGACACGUACAACAUCCUUGUCGGAUUCCUUGCCUCGCGUUCUCUCGAGGUCGCUUCGUUGAAGAAGGAUCUCGAGGACAAGCGCGUUCGCUUCGGUGGCAUGGACGAGCCUGGCAAGUUCAUGUUCGCUUCUCAGGAGUUCGAUCACGCCAUUUUGUCCGAGGACGAUCCUCUGGACUGGGCCAUGAAGUUGUUUGAGACGUCGGUCACCACGUACCGUGCUGCGUACUCUGCCGAGUCUUACUACCAGCUCAUUACCGCCUGUGCCCGCGCCGGGCGAUGCUCCGAGAUGCUCCGUCUCUAUGAGCACAUGGAGCUGAACCGAGUUGUGCCCUACGCCGCCAUGUUCCCCGCCAUGAUCACUUCGUUUGCUGCUACUGGCGACCUCAUCAGCGCUGUCGAGGUGUACGACGAGUACCGUGCGCUUGCCAUCGCCGACGACAACGGCGACACUUCUCUUCAGGACCGCAUGGACUCGCACAUUUACGCCGCCGUCAUCAAUGCCUACGUCAUUUCCGACAAGGUUGAGGGCGCCAUGAAGUUUUACGAGAAGAUCAUUCAAGAGUAUGGUGUCCGCGCCUCGGACAUCAAGGAUGCUCUUGUCAGCUCUGGCUUCGUCCAGGCUUUUGUCGAGCGCGGCAUCUUCCAGGACGCUCUCCAGUGGGCCCAGCUCAUUGAGGGCGAAAACAGUGUCGACAGGUUGAGCGCCAUGAACAAUGUCGCCACCCGUGCUGCCGACAGUGGUGACAAGUACACUGCCAUGACCGCAUUCGCGAAUGUGCCCCUCAACCACCCCGAGACUGCCACCUCGGCCAUGGCACUCUUGGCCAUGAGCGUCCGCCAGGGGGAUGUCGCAGCUGCCGCUAGGUACUGGCACGUCCUCAGCGCCCCCGAGAUGCAGGUGACACCAGCGUUUAUUGAUCCAGCUGCCAUGUUUGCGGUUGCCAUGAUCGGCUCGGGCCAGGUUGCUGAGGGACUGACCCAGUGCGAGUUCAUGUUCCAGAGGAUUCGCGCCGUUAGCCCGCAGAGCGCCGAGGAGAUUGAGGAGGGUCUUGACUUCAUCCACCGCUUCAUGGCGGUGCGAGGUAUUGUCGAUCCCCGUGAAAUGGCGUCGCAGGUCUCGAGCGGUCCCCAGCAGGCCUUCACCAACUCUCCCUACGGAUCCACGGCAACCGUUCCCAGCUUCGAGGACACCUUUGACCCCUAUGCACACAACACCGACUUCAAGGGUUCGUCCAUGAUCUCUGAUGAGCUCGAGGGCAGCCACGGUCGCAAGGGCCCCCGCCUGAACGAGGCUCUAUCUCGCUUCCGCAACAUGCGCCGGGCGGGCCGCCACCCUCGCUACAUCACAUACGCCAAGCUCAUCUCGGCUGCUGCGCGCGACGGCAAGAUGGAUCUGUGCCACGACGUUCUCGCCAUGGCACGCACCGACGUUCCCAUGCUGCCUCAGUAUGCAGUGGUCCGUUACGGAUGGUCUUCGAUUCUCGAUGCUAUGGUUGGUGCCUGUCUCACCAUGGGCAACCGCCACAUGGCAGAGCAGUUCCACCAGGAGCUCCUCGAGAUGGGCUCGACGCCGUCUGCCAACACCUUCGGCCUGUACAUCACCACCCUCAAGGAAUCCACCAAGACGUUCGACGAGGCCACCGAGGCUGUCAAGAUUUUCCACCGCGCCAAGGCCGAGGGUGUUGAGCCCAGCUCAUUCCUCUACAACGCUCUGAUCGGCAAGCUCGGCAAGGCUCGCCGGAUCGACGACUGUCUGUUCUACUUUGCCGAGAUGCGUGCACUCGACAUCAAGCCCACCUCGGUCACCUACGGUACCAUUGUCAACGCCCUGUGCCGUGUGAGUGAUGAGAAGUUUGCCGAGCAGCUCUUCGAUGAGAUGGAGGCGAUGCCCAACUACAAGGCGCGCCCUGCGCCCUACAACAGCAUGAUGCAGUUCUUCCUGACCACCAAGCGUGACAAGUCCAAGGUUCUCGCCUACUACGAGCGCAUGGUGGCCAGGGGCAUCAUGCCCACGGCACACACCAACAAGCUCCUUGUCGACACCCACGCCACGCUGGAGCCUGUCGACAUGGAUGCUGCCGAGAAGGUACUCGAGGCAAUCCGCGCUUCUGGGCAAAAGCCCGAGCCCGUGCACUACGCCUCUCUGAUCCACGCACGAGGUUGUGUGCUCCAUGAUAUGGAGGGCGCUCGCAAGGUGUUCGAUGACGUGGUCAAGGAUCACUCGAUGCCGGUCAAUGCCAGCCUGUUCCAAGCACUCUUUGAAGCCAUGGUCGCCAACCACCGUGUUGCCGACACGGAGCCGAUCCUGGGUCUCAUGCGUCGUCGUGGCAUUGAGCUGACGCCCUACAUCGCCAACACUCUGAUUCACGGCUGGGCUGCUGAGAAGAACAUUGAGCGGGCGUACGCCAUCUACAAUGCUGUCGGCCACAGCAAGCGCGAGCCGAGCACAUACGAGGCGAUGACGCGCGCGUUCCUUGCCACAGAGGAGCGCGAGAAGGCCAAGAUUGUUGUUGGCGAGAUGCUGUCGCGGGGCUAUCCCAGUGCCGUGGUCAACAAGGUGCUGGAGCUGCUUGGCGGUGGCGGUGGUGAGGAGGGCGCAGUUGUUGCGUGA